AUGAUUGGUAUGGGCCAGAAAGACUCCUAUGUUGGAGACGAGGCCCAGUCCAAGCGUGGUAUCUUGACCCUCAGAUAUCCUAUCGAGCACGGUGUUGUCACGAACUGGGACGAUAUGGAGAAGAUUUGGCAUCACACCUUCUACAAUGAACUGCGUGUCGCUCCUGAGGAGCACCCGGUCCUGUUGACUGAGGCUCCUAUCAACCCCAAAUCCAACCGAGAGAAGAUGACUCAGAUUGUCUUCGAGACCUUCAACGCCCCCGCCUUCUACGUCUCCAUCCAGGCCGUGCUCUCGCUGUAUGCCUCCGGUCGUACCACUGGUAUCGUGCUUGACUCUGGUGAUGGUGUCACUCACGUUGUCCCCAUCUACGAGGGUUUCGCGCUUCCCCACGCCAUCUCCCGAGUGGACAUGGCCGGUCGUGAUCUGACCGAUUAUCUGAUGAAGAUCUUGGCCGAGCGUGGUUACACUUUCUCAACCACCGCUGAGCGGGAAAUUGUUCGAGACAUCAAAGAAAAGCUCUGCUACGUCGCACUCGACUUUGAGCAGGAAAUCCAGACGGCCUCUCAAAGCUCGACCUUGGAGAAGUCCUAUGAACUUCCCGACGGUCAAGUUAUCACCAUUGGUAACGAACGAUUCCGAGCUCCCGAGGCUCUCUUCCAGCCCAGUGUCCUCGGUCUCGAGUCGGGCGGUAUUCAUGUUACCACCUUCAACUCCAUCAUGAAAUGCGACGUCGAUGUUCGAAAGGACUUGUAUGGCAACAUUGUCAUGUCUGGUGGUACUACUAUGUACCCAGGUAUCUCCGACCGGAUGCAGAAGGAAAUUACUGCUCUCGCCCCAUCCUCCAUGAAGGUCAAGAUCAUUGCUCCACCUGAGCGCAAAUACUCGGUCUGGAUCGGUGGAUCCAUCCUGGCAUCUCUUUCUACCUUCCAGCAAAUGUGGAUCUCCAAGCAGGAGUACGACGAGAGCGGUCCUUCAAUUGUCCACCGCAAGUGCUUCUAA